AUGCAGAAAGGCGAUGGGGAUAGACGUGUCGUCUUCGAAGUACUGAGGAGCAUCACGAAUGAUGGUGCAGGAAUCAGAGUUGGCAGGUUGGCGCUGCCGAAGCGCCCGCCAAUGGACACGCCAAAUUUCAUCGGUCUCACGUCGCGAGGGGCCGUACCCCAUAUGACACCAGACAACCUUGUCAAACACACAGAGCUCGGUGGCACGUACAUUGCGCUCGAGGAUUUUCUAGAAACAUCUCGCAAGAGGGCUUUUCCUGCCAUCUAUAACAUGGAAUCUGAGGAUAUAGAGACCUUACACGCGUACACUGCUACACCGUCAUAUAUGGCUACUGUUUUAGCAGCUCGAAGACACCCUGCCGUCACCACUCCGAUGGGCAAUGGGAGCAACGACAUUUCCAUCUACACUUCAACCGGCUUCCAGAAACUGAGUAAUGAAAACUACCGUCAUGCCAUCAACAAGCUAAAACCAGAUAUCGCAAUUCCCUUGGCGGACCUAACCUUCAACCGCUCGAAAACGCCCAACAGCUUCAAACGCCAGCUCCGGAUGGUUGAGAGAACCGAAGAUUGGCUGGCCGGCUUCUUCCGUCUUGCUGGCUCUGACGGGGGCAUCCAGAGUGCCGUCUUUGCCCCGCUUCUUCCGAUCCCUUACCCAACGCAGUGGGAGUACAUAGAUCGCCUCGAGCAGGAACACGCCGGGCAACUGUCCGGCUUAGCCGUGUACGACGCUGACAUCCUCCCCGACUUGUCGAACCCGGGACCCUUGAGCCCACUUCCCCGCCUGUCACUAGACUUCAUCGCGUCGCCGCAUGACAUUCUCCGGCAAGUUCAGCUGGGUAUCGACAUAUUUAUGCUACCUUUCCUAAAUAGCACCUCCGAUGCGGGCAUCGCCCUUGAGUUUGCCUUUCCUCCCCUGGCAGAUUCGACACAGAGCAUCAGGCCGCUUGGGGUUGAUAUGUGGUCACAAGACCACAAAGUUUCGCUAAUGCCCUUGGUAGAGGGAUGCAAGUGCUACACCUGCACCAAGCAUCAUCGCGCCUAUCUGCACCACCUUCUCAACGCCAAAGAGAUGCUUGGGUGGACUCUCCUGCAGAUCCACAAUCACCAAGUCGUGAACGACUUCUUCGCAGGAAUACGCGCCUCAAUAAGCACGGAGCCAGCUGCCUUCGAGAAGAAUUGUGAUUUGUUCUCAAGAAUAUACGACUCUGAACUGCCUAAGGGGACAGGCUUAAGACCAAGGGCCCGUGGCUACCACUUCAAGAGCCAAGGAGGAGAUGAAAAGAUCAACCCUCCGGCCUUUCAGAAGUUUGACGAGGAUGGCUCGGAAGACCUAGCACUCGCUGCGGAGGUUGCUGGUCUUGUCGUGACGGGAGUGGCCGCGGAGGGGAACGAGACUCCCCUCGUCCCAGAAAUUGAUGCCAAAGAGCUGGAUAAGCCAGGGUUCGCUGAUGUCACCAACUGA